AUGUGGGACCCUUUACUCUUCACCUGUGGUUUUGAAGAUCAUGGAAAAACAGAAAUUCAGUGUUUGUGUGUUUCAGGUGGUGAUGAAGAUCAGGGCAGUGUGGUGGUGCUGGGGCUGGUGGUGGAGGACAGGCUAGAGAUCACCAACGGCUUCCCUUUCCCUCAACACAUUGAGGACGAUGCUGACUUUGAUGAAGUUCAGUAUCAGAUGGAGAUGAUGAGAAGUUUGUGCCAUGUAAACAUUGAUCAUCUUCAUGUGGGUUGGUGUCAGUCAACUUUCUAUGGUUCUUUUGUCAGCCGGGCCCUUCUGGUCUCUCAGUUCAUACACGCCAUCGAAGAGUCAGUUUUGCUUAUAUAUGAUCCCAUCAAGACAGCCCGGGGUUCUGUGUGCUUGAAAGCCUACAGGUUGUCCCCAAAACUCAUGGAGAUCUGUAAAGAGAAGGACUUCUCAGCAGAUGGGAGACACGACAACAAGCAGAUCCUAAUGAGGAGGAUAAAGUCUGAAACUGAUUGGGAGGAAGUAGAAAGGCUGUUCAAAAGAAAGGUAGUGAAAGCUGAAGAAGGCUAGCGUGGGUUAUGAGAACAUGUUCGAGGAGGUGCCCAUUGUCAUCAAGAAACUCUCAUCUCAUCAACGUUCUGCUGUGGGAGCUGGAGGACAGAUCCAGUACUGCAGACAAACACAAGCGCUUGAACCUUUCCAGCAGAUUUGACCACACACACAUGCAUUACUAUAAAAGUGCAGUAUUUCCUAAUGCGAAUGAGGACAUGUGUUAAUUUAAACUAGUGCUGAGAUAUUUCAUAUUAUGCUUUCUCACAUUAGCAGUAACUUAUCUCUGAUGAGGACUAAUGAAGAGGUCAUUGCCGCCCAGCACUCAUCUGGAGAAGAGCCUGCAGAUGCUGAUGGACCGCGUGGACGACAUGAGUCAGGACACUGUCAAGAACAACAGCUACAGCCGCAGUCUCAGCGAGCGGCAGCAACAGAAACAUCAGUACAUUCAGAGACGUGCGGAGACAGAGUCGAGGAGAGCCUCCGCUUCCUGAGGAAGACCUGAGAAAGAUGUUCAAGCCUCCUCAGCCGCCUCCACGAAUGGACACCCUGCUCAUUGCUAGUCUACUCAACACAUACUGCCAAACCAUCAAGGAGUUCACAUCUCAAAACCUGGGCAAGCUUUUCAUGGCCGAAGCUCUUCAAAGAACAAGCAGUUAGACUUAAGCCACCUAAAUUGUCCUAUGAUUGGACAAGAGUCACCAGUUCUGUUUUUAGUAUUAUUAUUUUUUUAUUUAUGGUUUGUUGUGCAAUGUUUUAAUACAACGUUCCAUUGGUUUUAUAUUUUUGAUUUAACAUUACUAGGCCAAAACAUAUACUUAUAAGAAUUUCAAUUCCUAUCAGACAGGUCAUUUUAUUUAAGCAUGUACAAUAUAAAUGCAUAUUAUGCAUAUCAGCAUGAUUAUUUGAUAAUAAAUUGGAUUGUGUUCACUUUCCAAAUGCUCAUUUAAGAGAGCCAUAUGCCAUCCUUCUUGCUUGAUUUAAUUUAUUUUUUUUAUGUUUGUGUUUCAUAUUUGUACAGGAACAAGUUAUAUCAGCAGGGGAGUCUUGAAGUCUUUUUGCCAGCCUGUGACAGAUUUUUCUUUCCUAAAAUUAUUUGGUCAGAAAUCUCAGUCUAAUUAUGUUAUAUUGCAAAGGAGCAAUUUAGAGAUCAAAACAGUCAAUUUGUACAAGCCAUUGUGUUCCUUUAGCCAAAUAUGGAUGAGAACAGUUGUAAUUAGAGUACAGCACUGUAACUCUGCCCCCUUCCCUGUCAGUUUACACCAGGAGUCUGCUGCUGGACAUUAAUUUCAGCCCACUGUUCCCUGUAGUCGAGUGACACUGGGGUCUGCGUGACGUUUGCCGCCCACCACCUCUCCAUAGUCCACCCACAAGCUUCCAGCUACAGUCAUUAGCCUUUGCAGAAUGUAUUUUUAAAUUUAUUCCCACUUCACUUCAGGUGAUUAAAGCAGAUAAACCAUGACAAUAAAACUCUUGAACUUCAGCCGCCCUGAUGGAUGAUUGCAAAGAGUUUGAGUCGUAAUUGCAGCGAUGAGCUUUUGACAUAACACGACGUGCCCAGCCUUUCAAAGAGGAGUGCGCCAUUAAAAUCCAGCUGCUUGAAAAGAAAAAUAAAAUGCAAAAAAGUUCUAGUUUUGAAUGUCCUUUUCUACUUAUAGAUACAUUCCUAUCACUAUUCGCAGGUGAAUUAAAGUAAUUACUGUACAGACCUUAUGCCCUUGUAAUUAAAUACUAUAUCCUGUCAUGAUGGAAAUUAUUUCAUUUUACCGAAUCAGGAAGGAUUUUGCUUAUUGAAGUAAAAGAGAGUUGAAAAUGACAUAAAUACCAGCAGUGUUCAUCUUUAAUAGAAAAAGAUAAGUCAGAGGUCUCAUAACUGAUGUCUUUUCAGGCACCUAAAGUACUAAAGUAUAUUUUAAAAGUCUGACUUAUUUCAGGGACAUUACAUUUAAAGGAAAAAUAUUCAAUGUUAUAUAAUGUAAUGAUAUUUUAUAAUAUAAUAUUGAUGUAUUCAACCUUAAAGGGGUCAUAUGUAGUUGCUAAAACAAACAUUAUUUUGUGUAUUUGGUGUAAUGAAAUGUGUUUAUGCGAUUUAAGGUUCAAAACACAUUUUCCACAUACUGUACAUUAUUGUUUUCUCCUCUAUGCCCCGCCUUUCUGAAACAGUGAGGUGUUUGCUGAUUGGCCAGCUAUCCAGUGCAUUGUGAUUGGCCAAAUGCCUCAAGUGUGUGACGGAAAUGUUAUGCCCUCUUAACAUAUUGUGACUGUGAUACCGUCUCUUAGCAGGAUGAGACAAAAACAAUAAAACCCAUUAUAAACGA